AUCAGGGCGGAGAAUGGGAAGAGGAAGCUUAAUUUUUUUUCUUUUUCUACCUUUUUUUCGAUAAUAUACAAACAACUGGCCAAAGUCGACUACAAACCAAAUCUAAGAUAUAAUGAACAUAAUAUUUGCAUGGAAUCGGACUACAGCUAACGAUAUACUCUAACCUGAACAGCAUUCAUCAUGUUGCUACGCAUGCCUGGCCUUCAGUCGAAACGUCUUUAAAUCGACAAGUGUUUGGAAAUCCCGGGUAAUCUGUGGCAUUAUCUCUAGGCUCAUUAAGGGGGAGUGACAUUAGGACAUUAAACAUCAGAAUUGGGAUGGCAAGAUCCAAAUUGUCGGCCACCAGCUGGAACAGGACAGGCCAUACCUAAUGAGGUUUACAUCACUGUAUUUUGCUCAAAGGCCAUACUUUCCAACAAAACUGGGAAACUGGUGAUCAUUAAAUUCACGCUCAAAGACUUUUAAUUGUUUCAGAUAUAUUUUUUUUUAUAAUUCUGUUUUCAUGCUUUAUUCUUAUUAAAGUUGACCAAUUGAUAAUUUGAAACUAUUUACCCUUUCAAGCACAUGUAAAGGGUACAUAGCAACUUGGCUUUUUUAGUGUCUUACCAAAUGACGACUUUUGCUAUUAAGAUGUUGUUUUAAAAUCUACAUAAUUAUAUACCAUUUCCAGUUUCCCAAACCAUUGAAUUUUAUAACUCAGAAGAAGCAACUUUUAGCUUUGUCAAAAUGGCGUACACCUCAAUGAAUGGUGCUCAAGGGUUAAGUGGAGGAGAGGUGUUUAUCUGUACAGAGUGUGGUGAAGGGUUUCGUCAUUACCAAAAGCUAGUUGAACACAUGGCCAUUCAUGGCUUGUUUUUCCCUGAUCCUUUAAGUAUUAAUGGUGGUAAUAAUACCAACACACACAUUGAGUUUGCACUCCACGAAAAUGGAACACUCACUGUAGUUGAUCGAUCUGUGUUGUCCAAGUUUUCAUUUUUAUUUGGAAAACCUUCAUCCAAGCCGUCAUGGUGUCAAACCCCUACUCAAGCUGCCCUGACAUUAUCUAAGAAGGAAGUAAAGGAGUCUGCUCAGUUUAGAUGUGAAAGGUGUGGACAAGGUUUCAGAAGCCAAAAAUGCUUACAACUACAUCAGCAAUAUCGUGUCCUUGAGCAGGGGUUCAAAUGCACCCUCUGCUGCAAGGUGUUAAAUGACAGAGAGAGUCUGCAAAACCACCUUCAGAACCAUGCUCAUGAACGAUUUUAUAGUUGUGGACACUGUGGAAAGCGGUUUUUAAGACGAGAGACACUUUUGUCACACCAAAAACAGUGUCAUGGAUCGUCUGGUUCCAAAGCUUUGAUACGAUUACAAGAUCAAGAAAAUAGUAUGGAGAAGUCUUAUCCUUGCAAAAUCUGUAAUUUACGUUUCUUUUGGUUAUCAGACUUGCAAAGCCACCUAAAUAGUCAUUUGCGUAUCAACAAGCAGUCCAGCCAUGCCACACAACAGCAGGAAAUGCAAGGAGAUGAAGAAAGAGAGAAAAAUGGCAUGCCAGAACUAAACAACCAUCAAACAUCACAGCAUCCAGGGGUAAAUAAAGAAGAAGAUUUCAGCUCAUCAGCUAAGAAUAAGGUGCAUCAAAUGCCAGCAAAAAAACAAAUGCAACAAGGCAGUCCAAUCAUGCCAAGGAUGAGAAGUAGACGUAGAGGAAGAAACCAUGCUAAAAUAUACUCCUGCAAACAGUGCCCUCAAGGGUUUGUACAUUCUAGUAGUCUCUCUCGUCAUAUGCGUUAUCAUAAGGGUACUCUGCAUGCCUGUGUUCAUUGUGGGCGGCGGUUUCCACAAAGAUGUGCUGUCACAAAGCAUGUGGCCAUGAACCACUGUCCAGUGCUUCAAAUGAAGAUGGCGUCAAAGGCAAAUGAAAGCAGUCAAACCUUAACGCAAACAACAGGUGAGAAGGAUAGUAAACAAGAGGAAUUGCAUGAAGAAGAUCAGCACUCAUCAAAUGUAGAUGAUGAGCUCUCAUUGGAUCAAGGGAAGGGAUUUCUUAAUCCAAGGAUGAAGUACAAAUGCAAAGAAUGCUGUAGGGUAUUUGGACUACUUAGCGUUUAUAAGCGACAUGUGAUUUACCACAAACAAGAUCCUUGCAAAGUAUUGCUUAGUUGCCCUCACUGUCCUAGCCGUUUCACAUUCCAGACCGCUUUAGAUCGCCAUAUUGAGAAUCAUAUAGAGAACUUUAAACAGGAUGAGACAAAACAUUCUAGUAAUAAUGUAGAUGAUCCUGGAAAUCAACACAAGGAUACUGAUGCUGGAGAACCUAACACAGAUGCUAAUGAUAGUGUACCAUCAAAAGUAUUGGAUAAUUCCAGCGACUGUUCCUAGAGUUAGACUUGUCUUGCAAAUGCUCUUGGUAGUUAAAGAGUAUCCUAACAGUUUUAUGCCCAUAGGCAUGGUUCCCAGUCUUUAAGUGGUUUUCUAUAGUUUUUGGCUUGUACUCCUUGGGUAUGUGGCAUUUCUUGUGUUCUAAAUCUCUUCCUUUCCCAUUUAUAUUUCUCCAAGGGUUUUUUUUUUUGCAAAUGACUCAACAGACAGAAAAGAGGAACCUGUAUGAGAACCUCUUUAAUGUACUAUUUUGAUAAAACAACAAAGCUGAACAUUACUUUGGGAAUUAUUUAUAUUGGAAGGUUCAUUACUGUUUUGAAAGCUACUUGUGUAGUUGAUAUUAUUAUGUACCUUUUAGCUAUACUUUCAUAAUUAAUCCUUUGUCAUAUUGUCACUGUAUGGUGUGUUUUUUUGCAACAAAUUGUUUUUUUUUGUUUGGUUUUUUUGUAAAAGUUGUGAUGCAAAUUAACAUAUUUUGAAUAUUCUUAAACAUUAGCCAAGUAAUGUUUUUUGUUUGAUUAAAUAAAAUGUGUACUUUUUUCCCAGA